CAGAAGUCCCCUUCAGGUUUUCAGCGGAGCGAAGAUAGAGCAAGAAAAACAAUAAAAUAAAGGAGUCCGGCGCUUUCUGGAGGGUCCCAACUGUGUGUUCGAGCUCCUACACCAACACUCAGACUUUACAGCAUGUCUCUGUAUCCAUCCCUCGAGGACCUCAAGGUCGACAAGGUCAUCCAGGCUCAGUUUGCACAGAGCACUGCCCCCAUGCCGGCCAUCACUGAGGGAACCUACCAGCCUCAGCCCGUCACUGCUGGCAUGCCUGGAUCCUCUUUGUACCCCAAUUUGGAGGAGCUUGGAACGUACAUGGGCCUGGCUCUGAACAGCGAUGAAGUCCAGAGGAACCUGGCCCUUGUGCCCGUGGCUGACAACCAGGUGGCUGUUCCCUUCAGCUCAGGUGUGGGGGCGAUGGUGCGGCCCGUGACGGGGGCAGACGUGGGCAUAAGGAGGGCAGAGAUCCGUCAAGGGCUUCGAGAGAUCAUCCUCUGUAAGGACCAGGACGGGAAGGUGGGGCUCCGGCUCCGUUCCAUCGACAACGGCCUGUUCGUCCAGCUGGUGCAGGCGAACUCCCCCUCCGCCCUGGCCGGGCUGCGCUUCGGGGAUCAGGUCCUGCAGAUCAACGGGCAGAACUGUGCCGGCUGGAGCACAGACAAGGCCCACAAGGCUCUGAAAGCUGCCGCUGAGACCCGAAUCGAGAUGGUGGUCAGGGACAGACCAUUCCAGCGCACCAUCACCAUGCACAAAGACAGCUCCGGCCACGUGGGCUUCAUCUACAAGUCUGGUAAAAUCACCUCCCUGGUCAAAGACGGCUCCGCUGCUCGUAACGGCCUGCUGACCGAACAUUACAUCUGUGAAAUCAACGGGCAGAACGUCAUCGGACUCAAGGAUUCUCAGAUCAAGGACAUUUUGAACACUUCUCCAACCACCAUGACGAUUACCAUCAUGCCCAAGUUCAUCUAUGAACACAUGAUCAAGAGGAUGUCCACCGGUCUCCUGCGGUCCUCCAUGGAUCACUCCGUCCCGGAGGUGUGAGGACCAGGAACUGUCAGGAUGUCUACAAAACAGACUUUUCCUUUUCUUCUUUAACUUUGUCUCUCUGUCCUCAUAUCAAACUCGUCCUAACGUACAUCUCCUUCAUCUUCUUCCUUUAUACCUUUAACGUUUUUAAAAUGCCUUUCGUCUCUUUUUCCUCUGCGAAUUCUUGACUUUUUCUACAUUUUAUACAUCAGAUCUGUCUGCACGUUAACAGUUUAGUCUGCUAUGUUGAUCUCUUUUGCGUUUUUUUUUAAAUUCCAGAUCAGAACAUUUAAAUUUUUUCUGUCAUUUAUUUUCAAACUUGCACAAACUAUCAUGAGUCCAGAGCUUCCUCCUCAGUGUGGAGAUGCGAGUCGGCGUCACGCUUGUUGAAGGUGAUCGGCAGCCGUCAACGUGCGCUCCCAGUUCCUGCGCACGUCCUCUUUAAACGAGCUCGACCAACAAAGUCUCAUAAGAUAACUCUGGCCAGUAGGAGUGAUUCACCCAUUAUGCUGAUUUUAGUUUCUACCGAAUGCUGGAAAUUUUUUUUAGCUUUUUGAAAAUGUGCAGUCGCUGUUUUCACGUCGAAGUCACACGUUUGUAGUUUUCCGUGUUCUCCGAGUGAUGGCGACCAACCCCUGCUGCAGGGGUCUGCAACCUGCACCUCCGGGUGACCGCGACUAAAGAUGGCACCAACCUGAGGAAUGCUUAUACUGCUUGUCCUUUUGUUUUGCACAUCGUGCACAAGAUUCCUGCACCACAGUGCAAAUAUUUUGGGCUGCAGCGCUGGUUCUCUCUAAAACUUGUUUAAAUGGCAGAUUUUCUGCAGCGCUCACGACGUUUCAUACUUGGUUUAUUCAGCUUUCUAACACCCGUAGUUGUUCUACAAAUCAGCUUUUUAAAUAAAACUGGCUCGGUCCAAACUGCUGUAGAUUCAGAUGUUACAGGUGUGCACAUCACAUCUGUUCUAGAUAUUAAAGCAUCAAAAUGAGGCUUUGCAAAAACACGCAGGGAGUUCAUUUUAAUGCGAACAGUAGAAACGACUAGUUUAAGAAGAAGAAAGUUGCGAUUAUAGUAAAAUAUCCAGGUUGUGUUUGUUAAUGAGAGCUGGUUCACGCACACCUGACCAAAAAAAGUAAAAUAGAAGUAUAAAAAGUCAGAGAUGUUCUUUUAAGACAUUUGGCUGCAGCUUCCUGUUAAUUUAAUUCUAACUGGGUGAUUAAAAUUCAUACAGCGCGUGUUUCUAGGCGUCGAAUGGAUUUUGCGUCUCUUCGCGUGUAGUUGUUAAAAAUGGCGGUUUUGAAGGUGAAGGUUGCAGACUCCUCCUCCCCCUCCUCCUCCGCGUCGUCUCAGCGCUCCAGGGGAAGUCUCCGAGAGGAAAAUGAUGCUUGUCGCCCCUCGCAGCUGGAAGAGUCCAAGCACAUUUUCUACGACCGGUUGCAAAGUGUCGUGUUUCAAGCGGUCGCGUUCAAGGGAACCGUUGUAUUAUUUGAUAGGGGGGCCUGAGCCGGGCCGACCCACUAAGUGCACUUUUCAUGACCUUUUAAAAAAAGAGGUUCCUGCGUUCAUUUCAACAAGUUUCCCUUUUUUAUUGUAAAAAGUGUUUGUGGUGCCUCAUGCUGAUGAGAAAACCCCUUAAAAAGUCCUGUGUAUGAGAUACAGACAGCAGCUGGGACUUGUUGCUGAGAAUCAUUUCCACGUGGACGGGUUAACGUGAACAUGCCCUCCCCAGCGUGUCCCCCCCCCCCCCCCCCAAUGAUGAGCACAGACUGAGCAGAGCUUACACUUGUGAAUUUCUACUUGUUAUAUAGAGUUUCUCCUUUUAUUGCUGUUCAGAUGCAUGUACUUCUUCGACUCUCUUGGUCUGGGAUCUGAUGAGAAAAAUAAAAUGCUGUCGUUCUGUAAAAAAAAUAUUAGAAAAAAAAUAAUCUAAAAGUUUAUAUACGAAUGUAACCAAGAUGAUAUUGUCAAACAAAUAA